AUGCAGCCUUCCCGCGCAGCGCUGCUGCUCAUACUCCUCACGUUUGGCGGCUCGGCGCAUGCUGCGGUGCUCCCCGUGAAGCCAAACACGAUCACCGACCCCUGCCAGAGCCUGACCAAGAUCCCCGGCUGCAUCGAGUGCAAGCGGGGACGUGGCCCGCAGUCCCCCGCUGGCGCAACCCACCGCUGCCUCUACUGCACUAAGGACCGCGCCCAAAAUUGGUCCACAGACAAAAUGCCCAACACUGCUGCCGGUGUACCCUACAUUCGAUCGUGCCCGACAACCAUUGCCGACGUGGCCAGGUGCAAGCAGCUGACGGGUAUCGACAACUGCGCCAAGUGCUGGGAAAGUGGGGCGGGCCCCUGGUGGUCGCCCAAGGGGACGAAUGGGAAGUGGUGCACGCUGUGCGUGUCGGGCUUCUACUUCAACUGGAACGUGAAUUCGGCCAACUUUGGAAAGUGCAUGCCAGGCAACUGUCAGCAGACCUCAGGCAACUCAAACUGCGUCCAAUGCAAUCCAGACAAGAGCUGCACAAAGUGCAAGACCGUGCCCGGCCAGAAGACGCUGCUGAUGCCCAAGAAUGCCAUCUUCACCAACGGCAACUACGGCGAGUCCAUGUGCGUGACUCCCGCCCAGCUGACGACGUACUCCAGGCAGGUAAACGGCGGCAACAACCCUCCAGCGCUGCCCGGCAACUGCACUGAAGUGGGCACGGACAUGCAGUGCGCACGCUGUGUGGACAACUAUGCCCUCACCACGCCCUCCUCGUGCUUUGCGAACAACCCCAACGCUUGCCAGACGUGUGUCUACGCCCGUGGAUUCGUCGGUAGCAGUUGCGCACUCAACUGCAAGACAUUGUUUGGCAUUGGUUGCGCGACCUGCACCCGGGCGAAGUGCACGGGCAUCGACUCAUUCUAUCCAUUUGGACGGCGAUGA